AUGCACAAUUUCACGAUACAGGCGACUCUUGUUUUCUUCACUCUAGGCACCAUCAGCACAGUCGCUUCGCCAGCUGAUAUGCUCACUGCUCUCAUGCUGCCAUCACUGUUGUCCAAACCCGAUGUAUCAAUCCAAACCCUUUGUUCAGGCGCCGAGGGAAAUACAACAGCGGAUGACUCCACCACUGCAGCAAAAAUAAUAAGCUCAGGAAACAAGGAAGAUAAUCAAGCUGCACUAAACACACAACCCUCAUAUUGCCCCGACUCCUACGAAACCAUGCCUAUGUGUGUUGACUGCGGCGGGUUUACCCUUUUCUAUUACAAGGAACUUGAUUACUAUGAUACGCGAUGCAAGGGUGUUGGAGACAACGAGGACUUGAAAGAUUGUUCGUGUCUCGAGAGAAGAUACCAAGAGGAUGAUGAUAUUGUUUGCAACAUGUUCGCCGCUGAUCCUGAUAUUGAUCCUGAUCCUGAGGCGACAAGGAGAAAGACGGUAGAAGCGAUGAUACAGGUCCCAGAUAGUAUCAUUGAUCCAAUCACUGGCACCGAAUUGAAUCAGCCGCAUAUCGUUUUGGACGAUGAUUUCUGGGCCGCUACUGUUCAGGAGAUUAUGGAUCAGGAAGAUAAGGAACAAGAGGAUGAGUGCUUGCCAAAAGAAAGUGUAUAG